UGGGUGGUGAGAAGGCAAUGGCGAGUGGUGAAUAUAUUUUCAUCAUUAUCGAUCCUAGUCAAAAAAGUGUGAAAUUUUGGGAAAUUGUGGAAUAAAUAGUGGCCAAAAAGUGAUGUGGUAAUUUGUUUACAAUGGUGUGUUUAGUGUGAAAUUGCGUUAACAUAGUAAAUAGCACGCAGGUGCGAUAUCAGAGUCGCGAUCACGCGAGAGGACCUUUUGUGACUACCUGAGACAACCGUAAAUCUUUCAACCACGGAGGACAUGGACACAUCGGACGAGGCGAUCGAGAUGAUCGAAGACGCGGCCAUCACGGGAGCCUCGGAUGACGAUGACGGCAGCCCCAGCAGCCCGGAGAGCGCCUACGAUGACGGCAAGGACCUCAUGAACAUCGCCAUGGGUGACGACGUGACGGCCCAACUGGCGGCCGCCGGCCCUGUCGGCGUGGCGGCCGCGGCGGCCAUCGCGUCGGCGAAGAAGAAGAAGCGGCCGCACUCCUUCGAGACAAAUCCCUCAAUCCGGAAGCGCCAGCAGAAUCGUCUCCUGCGCAAACUGAGGCAAACCAUCUUCGAAUUCGCCACGAGAGUCGGUCAGCAGGCUAUUGUACUCGUGGCCACUCCAGGGAAACCAAAUACCAGUUACAAAGUUUUCGGCGCCAAACCGCUGGAGGACGUGGUGAAGAACCUCAAAAGUAUUGUCAUGGAGGAGCUGGAGACGGCUCUGGCGCAGCAGGCGCCGCCACCGCCGCAGGAGGACCCGUCGCUGUUCGAGCUGCCGCCGCUGAUCAUCGACGGCAUCCCGACGCCCGUGGAGAAGAUGACCCAGGCCCAGCUCAGGGCGUUCAUUCCGCUCAUGCUCAAGUACUCGACGGGACGCGGCAAGCCGGGCUGGGGCAGGGAGUCCACGCGACCGCAGUGGUGGCCGCUGGAGCUGCCGUGGGCGAAUGUGCGAAUGGAUGCGCGCACGGAGGAGGAGAAGCAGAAGAUCAGCUGGACUCAUGCGCUGCGCAAGAUCGUCAUCAACUGCUACAAGUAUCACGGGCGAGAGGAUCUCCUGCCGGCGUUCUCCGAGGAGGACGAGAAGGCCAACAUCCUGGCCACGUCCAAUGCCACAACGACGACGGCGUCCAAUGUGGGGGUGUUGAAAUUUCACAAUGGGGGCACUGUGACGUCGGCGAGCAAUCAGCAAACCACAAAGAUUCAGAUCCAAUCGCCGACACAGACAAUAGCAAACGCACAGGUUUGCCUAGACCCGUUGGCACUAACAGAUGUGGAUUACACACAGAACAUGCUGCAAACCAUCACAAACGCCGAUGGGUCCUUGUCGAUAAUCCACGUGGAUCCCAACAACUCAAUAAUCACACUUCCAGACGGAACUACUGCACAAGUCCAAGGAGUGGCGCUGACGACCCAGGGCGAGGGCACCACGGUGCACACGGUGCAAGGCAUCGAGGGCAACGGGCAGACGGAGAACAUGACAGUGGACCUGACUGAGGCGGGCCUGGGUCAGGAGAACCAGCUGAUCAUCACGGGCGAGGACGGCCAGGGCUAUCCGGUGUCCGUGAGUGGGAUGAUCACCGUGCCCGUGUCGUCCAUGUACCAGAUGGUGGCCAAUAUCCAGCACUUGCACCAGAACGGCGACGGCACGGUGUGCCUCACGCCCAUUCAGGUUGAGAAUGGCGAGGGCAUGGAAACCAUCACCGUGAGUCCGGGCAUGCAUCAGAUGCUGCAGAUUCAGGGCGCGCCGGGCACGGAGCCGCAAGUGCUGCAAGUUCUGAGCUUGAAGGACGCCACAGUGCUGACGAAGGCCAUGGCCGCCAUCACGGAAGUGAAGGGUGACGACGGUGAGGAGAAGCUCUUCACGAUCAAGUAGAUUAAUUUUCGGCAUAAAAGUGUGUGUGAGUAAAUCAAGGGUUUGAUGCCGCAGAAUCUCAACUUUCUCACUUCCUUUUCCCAACUCCCAUUUUCCGGCUAUCAUUAUGAAAACGCGACGACAUUUAAAGAAGGCAUUUUUGAUUGACACCGUGUUAGAUUUUUGAUGUACCUGAGAAAACUUCACUGACAUUUUUUUUUCUUCAUUUCGAUUACUUUGAAAAGUGUCUGAAAAAGUGAUUUUCAAAAUGUAUGAUUUAGUUUUAGAACAAUUUUAUUUAUAUACAAUUUUUAUUAUUAUUUCUCAAUGUGAUUGACUAGAGGAUAUUUUAGUUUGUGAUACUUUUUUUAUUUAUUUAUUCAACUAUAUUUUUUUUAUUUUCUCGUGCAAGACACUUUUUCAGACAUUUUCACUUUUUUCUAACAUACGAUAAAACAAUGGAAACAGGAAAAUUAAUAAUAAUUAAAACAAAAAUCGUAAAAUUGAGAUAAGAUUUGACAUUAAAAAAAAAAUCAAUUUAAUUUUUAGUGCAAUUAUCCAAAAAAAAAAAUCUCUAAAUUAAUUCACACAAAAAAAACACC